CUUUAUUUUUGACCUCAACAUUAAGACAGACUACCUAACCAGGAAGUACCCAAGGUAUCUGAGUAGAUAUUCGGGCAGGAAGCCACCCCUGACCCGCAAUGGUACUGGGCUGCUAGCAUUUUCGGCUCCGGCCGGCAUUCUCCCACGUUGCGAGGAAACCUGCGCGGGGGCGGGCACUCCACAGUAGCUUGCAUAUCCCGCAAGUUGUUUCCCGCUACCUCGGCAUGAUGCGACCUUCGGGAGCCCCGACCGAUCACACCCAGUAGGUAGCUUUUAGUUUUAAGACCAGACACGCGCAUUCCCAAGAUGAGAUAGAUAGCUGUUCGUACUUUGGAGCCGUGACAAAUAAAACCUCAGUUUCUUACUUCCACAGCUUAAUUCGAGACGAGGACUUCUCCUCAGCAACAAUGGCGGACAGAGUGAACCAGAUCGUCGGCCAUCUCAACUACCCCAAGGGCCUCCUACCCGGACAGGUAGCCAUCAUCACAGGGUCGGCGCAGGGAAUCGGGGCCGAAUGCGCCAGGCUGUUUGCCAACGAGGGAGCAAAGGUUGUCAUCUCGGACAUCGACGCUGGCAAGUCCCGGGCCGUUGCCGACAAGAUCAACGCCGACGGCGGCAAGGCAAUCGCCGUGCCGGGCGACCUGCUGAAUGAUGAGUACAUCAAGGAGUUGGUGAAGAAGGCAGCCGAGUUCGGUAAUGGCAAGAUCCACAUCAUCGUGAAUAACGCAGGCUUCACAUGGGAUGCCGUCAUCCACAAGAUGACCGAUAAGCAAUGGGACACCAUCGUGGCCCUGCACGCAACGGUCCCCUUCAAGCUGACCCGCGAGGCGGCGCCCUUCUUCCGGGUCCGCGACGGCGAGCCGCGGUGCAUCAUCAACAUCUCCAGCACGUCGGGUCUGCACGGCAACGCGGGCCAGCUCAACUACGCGCUCGCCAAGGCCGGCGUCACGGGCGCGACCAAGACCAUCGCCAAGGAGUGGGGUCCGGCGUUCGGCGUGCGCGCAAACACCGUCGCCUUCGGCCACAUCGAGACCCGCCUGACCGCCGACAAGGAGGCCGGCGGCUUCGUUCUCGUCGAUGGCCAGAAGGUCGCCCUCGGCAUCCCGGGCGGCCAGAAGGCCGCCCCCGCCGGGCAAGAGGCCCAUGCGGAUAUCCCGCUACGGAGGCCCGGCACCGCGACGGAGGCGGCGAAGGCCGUCUUGGCUGUCGCUAGCCCGUUGUUCGCCUAUGUCACCGGCCAGACGAUCAGCGUGACAGGAGGGCGGAAUAUCUGAGUCGUGGCAAGUGCGCAGGUCCGGGG